AUGAGUCUAACUUUUAAGACUAGCGGUAGACUCGGAUCCUGUCUCCUUUCCUUUCCCACAUUCAACUAAAAUAUCAAUUCUCUUUCUCUCUUUCUCUCUUUUUUUCUUUUUCUUUCUUUCUUUCUUCACAGUUGACAGAACACCAACCAAUUCACUCUCUCUCAACUCUCAACUCUCAACUCUCAACUCUCAUCAUGAAUGACCCAUAUGCUUUCCCGGAGGAUCUCCGUCGACUCAUAUCAUCAAGAAACCAUCUAACCACCACUACACAACAACCACCGUCUCUGUAUGCUUCUUCUUCUUCUUCUUCUUUUCCUUCUCCAUUCAAUAAUAAUUCCUACGACCCUAUCAUGCAAAUUGGUGAUGUUUUCUACCCCCGUCCCGCUUUCACUCACCACUAUGAUUAUUAUUCUUCUUCCUCCAAUACUCUCAUCAACCCUAUUCCUAUUCCUAUCCCAACUACAACACCUUCUUCUGCAUUUGCCGCCUUACAAACCAAUUCUUCUCAUAAUAACAAAACUAACUGGCUUGCUUUUGAUCCUUCUAACAACAGAUGGCCAAGACAAGAAACCCUUUCUCUUCUAGAAAUCAGAUCUCGUCUUCAUUCUAAAUUCAAAGACAAUAAUCACAAAGCGCCUUUGUGGAAUGAAAUCUCUAGGAUAAUGGCUGAGGAAUUUGGGUACCAAAGAAGUGGAAAGAAAUGCAAAGAAAAGUUUGAGAAUUUGUACAAAUAUUACAAGAAGACCAAGGAAGGUAAAGCUAGUAGACAAGAUGGUAAACACUACAGAUUCUUCAGGCAACUUGAAGCAAUAUGUGGAGAAUCAAACACUACUCAUCAUCAUGCCUCAACUUCUGAUAAUACAACUCUUCAUCAUGCUGCAAAUGCUGCUGUUGAUUCUCAUCAAACUCCAAGCUUCACAACUAACCAAGAAAAUGUUAUUAAUAUUGGUGAUCAUCAAAAUUUGAAUAAUAACUUCAAGUACUCAGAGAGUCUCACAAGUUUCUCAAAUUCAUCAGAAUUUGAGAUAACAUCAUCAUGUGAAAAUAAUGAUGAUGAAGAUCUCUCAGCUGUUGCACACAUGAUGAAGCAACCAAAGGAAAAAGGGUUAGUAGAAGACCAAAGACAAAGUGAUGAUAAGAGGGUAAGAAAAAGUUGGAGAGUUAAAGUGGAAGAAAUUGUUGAUUAUCACAUGAGGAACAUUAUAGAGACUCAAGAUACAUGGAUGGAAAAAAUGUUGAGUGUGGUUGAACAAAGAGAACAAGAAAUGGCAUUGAAAGAAGAAGAAAGGAAGAGAAAAGAGUCAAUGAGGUGUGAUAAAGAAAUACAUGAACUUUGGGCUAAAGAAAAAGCUUGGGUUGAAGCAAGAGAUGCUGCAUUAUUAGAAGUUGUUAGAAAACAUAUUGGAAUAGAAAAUAAAGAAGCAUUGGUAUCAAAUAAGAAUAAGAGUCAAGUAAAUGAUACAAAAUAUGGAUACCCUUUUGAAAAUGUGGAUCAAAGAUGGACAGAAAUGGAGAUUUCAAGUUUGAUACAAUUAAGGACAAGUUUUGAACAGAGAGUAAGAGAAAAUGGUGAUUUGGAUGAGGGUGUUUGGAAUGAAAUAGGUGAAAAAAUGGUUUAUAUGGGAUUUGAUAGGAAUGGAAUUGAGUGUAAAAAAAUAUGGCAUGAAAUUAGUAUGUCUCUUAGAAGGACAGUUGAUUGUGGAGUCAAAACUAGGCCUUGGUGUUUGGGACUUAAGGUGACAGAUGAUGAUGAAAUUUGACACAUUGCAAAACACAUGCAUGCAUCAGAGUUUUUGGGUUCUGAGCUUCAAAGAGCUGAUUAUUAAAUUAGCAACUUUGGCUCAUGGAAAAUCAUAAGUUGUAAGAAUCUAGUAUUUCUAUUUUUUUUUUUAUAUAAUAAAUGUUAAUUCGUCUGUUUUUAUUUAUAA